GUUGAUUGAUUUUCACUUCUGGAUAUUAAGAGAUGAUGGUACAUUCUGUAACCGGUAAAAUGUUCAGACAAAAGUCCUUAUUUUUUAUUUAAUAAUACAAAGAUUCUGUGUUGAAGUUGGACGAAACCAUUUGGCUUGUUGAACGCUGAAUCUCAGUGCGGGCUGUCUUAGUUUUGGCUCCACGAUGGAACAGAUCGGCGAGCACUCAACCAGCAUUUAUCAUGAUACUGUUUCUAUUGGCGGGGGUUCAUCCUUUCCACAACUUCCUCCUCAGACCCGAGGUUGGUCAGAUGCGAAUGAUCCAAGUUCAGAGUCAUUGGUUGUUGAGAUUUCUGGAGCGAUGUGCGAUAAAGAUCGUAUAAUAUUCAAAAUUCAUACAAAGACCACACUACCUGAUUUCAAGCAAAAUGAAUGCGAUGUACAACGAAUGCAUGAAGAAUUUGUAUGGUUACAUGAUCAUCUAGUUGAAAACGAUGCAUAUGCAGGUUUAAUUGUCCCACCAGUUCCACCCAAACCAGAUUUCGAUGCAUCUCGAGCUAAAUUACAAAAAUUAGGAGAAAAUGACGGUAAUCUACCCAAAGAAGAUUUAUUGAAAAUGAAAGCUGAACUAGAAGCUGAAUACUUAGCUACUUUUAAAAAAACAGUUGCAAUGCAUGAAGUCUUUCUACAACGAUUGGCUUCUCAUCCAACAUUUAAACAUGAUCAUGGUUUUCGUGUUUUCUUAGAAUUUGAAGAAGAGUUGAAUGUACGAAAUAAGACACGAAAAGAGAAGGCAGCUGAUUUUUUCAAAUCUGUAUCAAAAUCAGCUGAUGAAACAAUUUGGUUAAAUAAUCAGAAAGAUAAUGAUGUAUUCUUUCGUGAAGAGAAAUGCAUCCUAGCUGGUUAUCAUUCUGCUGUAAAAGAUGCAACAAUUGCCUCUGAUUUAGCCUCAAAAUGUCGUAAAACAAAUGCCAACACACUGUUACGAAUUCAAUUAGCUCUAUCUAAUCUAAUACCGAAAGAGUGUAAUGUCACUCCAGAAACAGACUUAACAACUUUACUGACUAAUUUCUUUGAAAAUUAUCAGAAAAUCCUGGUUCGUUUAAGUUCAGAUGAAGAUUUGAAGUUAUCUGACACUCUGCGUUAUUAUGCUAUCGAUACAGGUGCUGCACGUGCAUUACUCUAUCGUCGAUGUCGUGCUCUAGCAGACUAUGAAGCUGCUAAUCGUAAUCUUGAUAAAGCACGUGCACGUAUGAAAGAUGUUCAAGCGGCAGAAGAUGCACAGACUGCAGCCAAUGAACGAUUUAAAUCUAUAUCUGAAUCAGCUAAACUUGAAUUAGAAGAUUUCAAAGUUCGUCGAAUUAAAUAUUUUCAUAAGAAUUUAGCUGAUCUUGCUGAACUAGAAGUUAAACACGCCAAGAACACCGAGGCAAUGAAAAUACUCAACCAACAACAAAUACCAGUCCCUAUAAAUGGAAGAAAUUCAGCAGAAGUAGUCUUUUUUUACUUACCUAACUUGUACAGCAUCUGUCUAACUAUACGUGACAGCGUGGAUGAGGAUAUCAAGGCCGACCGUAAUACAGUUGCUCAUUACUCUGAAAUCAUUGUAGAGAUCUACAGCGUUUAGCGCAAAGAAAGAACAAUAAUCUGAAAUUUCAACACUAAUGGCAAUCACAAAUCGAGUUAAUUAAAUCCACACUAAUACGAUUAAAGUCAAUCACUCCACAAGUGUCAAAAUCACCUAUCACUACAGUACAGUCAGUGACUCGUUCACACAGUAGCAGCAAUAAUUCAACAAAUACUACUACUAUUAAUAAUAAUAAUAAUAAUAACAAUAUAACAUAUCCUUCAAAUACUUCACCUGAUUCCAAUUAUCCUACAGCUGAUUAAUUUAGAAUUUUUGAGAAUAUGUUCACCUCAGUUAAUCUCUUUCCCCCCCCCCUCUCUCUUUCCCUGGAUCCUUUUGUGUAUCUUAUCUCAGUUGUGUGAAAAUCCAACAUCAAUCAACAGCCUUAUCUCAGUCAGUGAUAUAUUAGUAAUCCAAAAUAUAAAACAAAAAAACAACUUCAGUUGUUCACAUAUAAUGAAUAUUUUCUAUGGCCUUAUGGAGUAAUCUUCUGAUUUUUUUAUCUUUUGCUUUGCAUAUCUACACAUCCACACAAGCACAUCUAUCUAUUUGUUUUAAUUUACGUGUUUUGUUUAAGUACUUACUUUCUCGAUUCUCACACUAUAUAUAUAUAUAUAUAUAUAUAUAUAUAUAUAUAUAUAUAUAUAUAUGUAUUUGUGCAUGUGACUGUGUAUUGAGUUAGGUAUCAAUUACUAAAGUUGUCAAGCUUAAUUGUCGGUGCGGGGAAGAAGAGGCAUUGCAAUGGUGAUGGGUUGAAGGUGUGUGUGUGUGUGGAUGGAUCAGCAGUACAUUUAAUUUAAAUUUCGACCACAGUAUAUUUCUACAAGAAAUUAAUUUACAUUAUUUUUAAAACAAAACUCUUUUUUGUGAUCUCUAUUCCCCGAUGAAAAUAAGAAUAACACAUGUUUAUUAUUACUACUGUGAUCAAAAUUAAUGACCUUUUGAUGACUUUAUAACUUGACUAAUCUUCAUAGAUUGAAGAAGAAAGAUAUAAAGAAAAACAUACGAUCUAAUUGAUUCUUUCUCACACUCUCUUUCUUACUUUCUUUUGUUAUCUUUUUCAUUUCAUUUUAUUUGAUUUUUUUACCUGGUGGUGUUAUUGUGGUUUUGCCAACAACCUAAGAAGCGUGUGUGCAUGUGAUGGAAUGGGUGUGGUUUUUUUCUAUUUCUUGCGUAUUUAUAUCUGUUUGUGUGUGUAUGUGUGUUUGUACAUUGAUUUGCUUUGUGAAUAAAUUAUUAUUUUAUGUAUUCUCGCUUGUGAUGAA